AUGGGACACACUUGUAAGCCUGUGCCCGCUGGCGCCGUUGCGGCCGUACGUGUUUUUUGGCGGUUGAAUCGGCAGAUCAGAGACGCUAAUGGCCAGCCCGACGACGCCUGGCGCAAUGCUGCGCAGUACGCGGCACAGCAGCUACGUGCCUGUGGUGCUAUACCGUCGACCGCUGCACAGUCCGUUCCCGCUAUUGCUUCGCGAGUUGACUCGCUCGAGAAGACUUUCAAGGAACGGAAAAUUUGGCGCUGGAGGCACUCGCAGACGCCGCUCGGCUCUGGAUCGACUCAGAGGCUUAAUAAGCCAGAGAGCGAGGAGGAAGGUGGCGAUGCUGGAGAGGCGGAUGAGGAAGAUGAUUGA